CGUUGAGUAACUACACACACAGACUCCUCUAUAAGCAUGUCUACAUUUUCAAAGUUAUCUUUCGAUAACAUCUUUACACUAGGAAGUCUCUCAACGUUUGUGGGAAGUUCUUUUAUCGCCUUUCUUUUUUUGGUACAUUUCUGUUCUACUUGGAGUUUUAGUGUUGCAUGUUUGUACAAUGUGGCCUUUUUUUUUUUAUAUACAAAGAUGUUACUACCGCUCACAUUUGUUCACCUGCGAUUUGCUCAAUCGUUACACUAAAAAGUUGAAGAUAUUAUUAUGAUUUUUUUUAGUAAUAAAGACUCAUGACAAGCACGUGUUUGUCACUGAGGCAUAUGUUUAGGGCAAACGAACAGCCAAUGAUGUUCAAACAUUUGAGGUGCACAUGAAGGUCGUGUAAGGAUGAACUUUGUACUACUGAAUCUACAGGUUUUUCUUGAGAGCUUCUAUGGAAACGGAAAAGGCCGAAUGAGGCAGAAGAGCCUACAAUUUCAAAGACAACAUCGCAGUCCAACUUAAAAUCCAGAUUUAUCGCUACAAGUGAUUGUCUCGCACGAAACCCACUCGGAUAUGCGGUCACACGCUUGCUCGUGAGGCCCUCAAGAUGGCCAAUAAAAGUACUGAAUAUCUUGCUUCAAUUUCUAACAUUGUCUCUUUGUGAAGCAGGUUUUGAGUAAUGAUGGCGGCCAAAAUAAAAUUACGGAUUAAUAUUUCGGGUGUCAGUCUCCCAUUACCCCAAAAUGGGACUAGCUUGUAACAAACCAGGGCUCCCACAGCUACGAGUUGUAUGUAGUAAUUUGUUUUUAUUUGUUUCCCAACCGGUCGAUCAAGUAUUGCUUUAUGUAAUACAGGUCCGGGGGGCAAGUCGUAAUUACAAAUUGUUCUAAAUCAUUUCUACAUGAAAAACGAAAAGCAGCGCGCCGUGGGUGAACUCUUCUGGUCGCAUAUGAUGACGUAAGGACGCCACUGGUGACGCACGACGUCGACCGGAAGCGUUUGCAGAAGUUCCACCCCAGCGAAGUUCGGGCCAUGUCUAUUGUUUAAUGAACUUAAAAUUCGCGUGACACAAGACGGGACAAUGCCCGUGCAAAGUGUGCCGCUUCGGGAUGCGUCGAUUCAAUAUCGCUUACUUUCGCAGUAUCUAUUUCUUCUGAAGAAAUAUCCAAUUCUGACUAAAUCUGUAACAAGUGGCGUCCUCUCAGCCUUGGGAAAUCUUCUUUCUCAGAUUUUGGAGGCAAGAAAAAAGUCCCCAAGUGAUGCUUCUGUCAAAGGGAUUGACACAGCUGGAGCUGCACGCUAUGCCAUUUAUGGUCUGUUGGUGACUGGACCACUCAGUCAUUUCUUUUACCAGCUGAUGGAGAUGUGGACGCCAACUACAGAUCCGUACUGCGUCGUCAAACGUCUGCUUUUGGAUCGCCUCGUUUUUGCUCCUGGCUUCCUGAUGAUUUUCUACUUGGUUAUGAACAUCCUGGAGGCCAAAGGGUCGGAUGACUUUAUCAAGAAGAUGAGAGGAAGCUACUGGACUGCUUUGAAGAUGAACUGGAAAGUUUGGACACCUUUCCAGUUCGUAAACAUCAACUUUGUGCCUGUUGAGUUCCGAGUGCUAUUCGCCAACACGAUCGCCUUAUUUUGGUACGCUUACCUUGCAACGGUGAGAAAAUGAAACGUCCCAAGAUUUCAAGCGAGGAAAAUCAUCUGGAGUACGUCGAUAUGAUUGCGAGUGCCAGCAAACGUUGAGUUCUACUGCCAGCUGUCCAGCAGUGGACUGAUGCGGACAAAUAAUUCACACUUACACAAUGACUUUUAACACUGUGAUUGAAUUUUGGAUACUUGACUGGUUUUGCACAAGUUUAAAACGCAACAGAGAUCUGCCAAAUGGGAAUGAAAGGGUGAGAUGUAGGACUACUGCGGAUCAUAAUGUCUUCGUCAAAAAUAAAUUGAAGAGAAUAA